AAAAGUAACACAGAAUUAGAUUUGAAAAUAGAAGACAAGAAGAAAGCUAAUAAUGAAGAAUUAAAGAAAGACAUAACAGAAGAGUUGGUGUAUAAACUAAAAAAGAUAUUACUUGUUAUAUCUGUAUUAAUAAACACUAAAAUUGUAGUAAAUACACAAAAGCUAAGUAAAGGUGAUAAACAAAAAGAAAUAUCA